GCAGCAGCCCCGGCAACCCCUCCCUUCCCGCUCCUCCCUCUCCAUCCCACGUUUUCCAGCCAGGCUCUUAAGAGUGGGGGCCUUCAGGGCUGGCUGGACUGGGGAUCCUGUGGUCCGGUGUUGGUGGCGGUGACCUGUUGCCACUCUGUAGCCUCACACCCUCGAGCCAUGUCCUGGGCUGCUCUGCUCGGCCUGGCCGCGCUGCUGCUGCUGCUGCUGCUGCUGCUGAGCCGCCGGCGCGUGCGGCGACCUGGCGAGCCUCCCUUGGACCUGGGCAGCAUCCCCUGGCUGGGCCAUGCCUUGGAGUUCGGGAGAGAUGCUGCCAGCUUCCUUACCAGGAUGAAGGAGAAGCAUGGUGACAUAUUUACUGUGCUGGUGGGAGGCAGAUGUGUCACUGUCCUCCUGGACCCACACUCCUAUGAUACGGUGGUGUGGGAGCCGCGCACACGGCUGGACUUCCACCCUUAUGCCAUCUUCCUCAUGGAGAGGAUUUUUGAUCUGCAGCUUCCACAUUUUAACCCCAGUGAGGAGAAGGCCAAGAUGAAGCCGAUGCUGAUGCACAGAGACCUGCAGGCGCUCACAGAAGCCAUGUACACCAACCUCCGGACGGUCCUGCUGGGCGACUCCACAGAGGCAGCCAGUGGCUGGCGUGAGACAGGUCUCCUUGAUUUUGCCUACAGCUCCCUACUGAGAGCCGGCUACCUGACCCUGUAUGGAGUGGAGGCCUUGCCACGCACCCAUGAGAGCCAAGCCCAGGACCGUGUCCACUCGGGUGAUGUCUUCCACACCUUCCGCCAGCUGGAUCUGCUGCUCCCCAAACUGGCUCGAGGCUCCUUGUCAGCGGGGGAUAAAGACCAUGCAAUCAGUGUCAAAGGCCGCCUGUGGAAGUUGUUGUCCCCAGCCCGGCUCGCCACCAGGGCUGACCGGAGCAGCUGGCUGGAGAGUUAUGUGAAGCACCUGGAGGAGAUGGGCGUGUCGGAGGAAAUGCAAGCCCGGGCACUGGUGCUACAGCUCUGGGCCACGCAGGGGAAUAUGGGUCCCACGGCCUUCUGGCUCCUUCUCUUCCUCCUCAAGAAUCCUGAGGCCCUUGAGGCUGUCCAGGAGGAGCUGAAGCGCACUGUCUGGCAAGCAGAGCAGCCCGUUUCACAGAUGACCACCCUCCCACAGAAGACUCUGGACAGCAUGCCUGUGCUAGACAGCGUGCUGAGUGAGACCCUCCGGCUCACAGCUGCCCCCUUCAUCACUCGCGAAGUCAUGGCAGACCUGGCCUUGCCUAUGGCAGAUGGGAGGGAAUUCUCUCUUCGACGCGGUGACCGCCUCCUCCUCUUUCCUUUCCUGAGUCCCCAGAAGGACCCAGAAAUCUACACAGAGCCUGAGGUUUUUAAAUACAACCGAUUCUUGAACCCAGAUGGGUCAGAGAAGAAAGAUUUUUACAAAGAUGGAAAACGGCUGAAGAAUUACAGCAUGCCGUGGGGAGCAGGGCACAAUCAGUGUUUGGGGAAGAGCUAUGCCAUCAACAGCAUCAAACAAUUUGUGGUACUCCUACUGACUCAUUUCGACCUGGAGCUGGACGGCGAGGACACAGAGGUCCCUGAGUUUGACCUCAGCAGAUACGGCUUCGGCCUGAUGCAGCCGGAGGAGGAUGUACCCAUCCGGUACCGUAGCAGGCUGUGACCUGUGGAGCAGACACUAUACUCACCGGGGGCCUCCCGACUUCCUCUGCCUUCGUCACUGCCCCCCUGUUGUUCUCCUAGAGUGCCGUGUCUAGAGGAAGGGACCUAGAGGACACAGAGAACAGGAAAAACCAAUAGAAACGCUAUAGCCCGCUGUGAGGACACUUCCAAAUCAGGCUGUCUGGGCUCUGGGUUCACCUGUGCCUCCUGUCCUGGGUACCCACAGUCCCCGCCACCAUGCCCCUAACUCCCAGAGCAGCCACUGCCCCCACCUUUAACAGCCCCUGUAGUCCAGGCCUUGGCCAGCAUGGCAGAUGCGGAGACCUGUGAGGAUUCGUCAGUGUGUUUUAAGUUCUGCUCCCAGAUUGUUAAAGAGACAUUGUCCUCCCUCUCUUCAUGUGUCUACCUGGGAAGAUGCAGGCUCUACUCUGAGGGAUAAAGUCCUCUGUCCUUGAUUCACAGACAGUAGGUAACAGGGCUUUCCUUAUGCAAAAACUGGGGUGGAGUGUGCACAAUUUUAGGAAAAAGGCCUGACUUCACGGAGACUAUAAUUUGCAAACCUCUGUUUAACUGCAAACAUGCAUGUUUCCCAAGUGUCUUUAUUCUUUUUAAUUUUUAUUUUUGGUUUUUUGUUUGUUUGUUUUUGAGACAGGGUUUCUGUGUGUAACAGCCCUGGAUAUCCUGGAACUCACUAUGUAGACGAGGUUGGCCUUGAACUCAUAGAGAUCUGCCUGCGUCUGCCCCCUGAGUACUGGGAUAAAAGUGUGCACCACUGCCCAGCAUCCCAAGUGCUUUUAAUUGCUGAGACAGGCACAACAUUUCUCACAGAAUCUUGGAGAUGAUGUGGUGUUAUGCCAGCUUUCCAGAUGAAAAAGCCAGCUCAGAGAGGUUAAGUGACUUGCCUAGCAUCACACAGCUCUUGCCAGUAGAGCCCACUCAGCCUACACACCUCUCCUAGAAGUGGAUGUUGGGUGGGCAGUUUGUUCUUCAUCCCUAGGGCUCCAGGGGUGGUAGUGGGACACUUCUGUUUGGCAUUGGAGAGAUGACAGCCAGGAACACCCAAGCUUGGUGCAGCUUAUGAGACACAAACACAUCUGUGAUGAGGUCCUUUUAGCUUUGGCUGGAAAGACAGAAGAGGCCCUGUACCUGUGUGUUCCAGGGGCUCACCUCUGGGAGCAGAGCUAGGGCUUAGAGGCUUCCACAGCCCUGGGUCUCCAGGCACCCUCGGGAUUCCCGGAUAGACAGUGUGAUUGGCAGGAGUCUGGGCAUCCCCAGGGAAACCCAUCUUCAUGCUUGGGUGACCCCCCCCCCACUGCUGCCUGCUUCUUAUCUUUGCAGGAAAUCAGAGCUGGCAAGCCUCCUGUGGGAGGAUGAGCCAGUUUCCAUGGCAACCCCCAGUUGCCUCCUCACGGCUGAAGAGGAGGAAGAAAGUGGCAGAAAUAGCUGUGGAAGGUCUCACAGGCUUCAGUCCUGGUGCUAGAGGGAAGCCCUUCAGAGUGCCAUCCUAAUUGAAUCAGGCUGGACUGUCCCCAAGAUGCUCACCUGUGCUCAGCAAAGGGCUAAGCUCCCUUUAAAGGUGGCGCCUCCUCAGCCACAAUCACGAGGGAAUCAAGUACGGGGAAGAUGGUUAAGGUCAGGCAGCUCCAGCGGCUGAAGCAGUGCUCGGAGGAUAAUGUUCAUGCACGCCCUCAUUUAAAUUCCUUCCCCUUUCUGUUUCUUUCCUUCUUUAUAAUAGGCUGGGAAUUUAAUUCAGUUGGUAGAGUUCAUCUCUGGUUUUGUAGAAAUUGGGUUAUGGUGGUGUAUGCCUGCGAUCCCAGCAAGGUGGAGGCCUGAGGAUCAGGGGUUCAAAAGUCAUACUUGGCUACAUCGUGAGUUUGAAGCCAGCUUGGGGCUCACAAGACUGUCAGAAGAAAAGAGGAAGGGCCAGAGGAGUUGGCAGCUUAGAGAGGAGAGAUGAAUUAGCCACCUGCAGGAGCGGGGUCUCAGCUCUCCAUCCCUGGGUGGUAGGAUGUGUGCUACUCUUCAGUCUGAUCUGGACCAUCUCACUAUGCUUCUGCUGUUACUUGCUGUUCAUCAAAUGCUUUUUAAGCAGAUCUGUUUGUUUUUCCAAUGCUGGCAGGAGUGGGCCUGUAGCAUUCACAUCCCAUAGAAGUGUGGACACUGGGGGUUGAGUUCUGGCCCCAGAGCCUGUGUUCUUGGGUGAGAUGAGCAGUGUGCUGGCUGAGGCCUCGCCCAUGUCUCCUCAAGCUUCUCAUUGGUGGACCCACUGUGGGUGAGGGGUCCAAAAGAAGCCCUGUCUCCGGGGAGAGAAGCCUACUUUGGGCAUCUAUCCCAGACUUUGGUUUUGAUGCUUUUGUCAUUUUUAAUAAACACAGCAUCACAGUG